AUGGUUGACGAUGCUCACGGCGAUGACAUGAUUGGUGAGGUUGAAUGUGCUGUCUUGGAACAGAAAUUUGAUUAUGUCGAAGAUGGAAAAGCUUUCUACAAUGCGUAUGCUAAAGCCAAUGGAUUUAGUAUACGAAAAUCCAGAUUUAACACAAAUAAACAAGGAAAGGUUGUUAGUAUGCUAUGGUUGUAUUCAGGGGAAGGUCAGAGAUUACCAAAAUACUUAGACCGUGUUGCAGAGAAUAGAAGAGCUCCCAAGGCACUAAUAAGAGUAGGUUGCAAAGCACAAUUUCACAUAUGGUACGACCUAGAGGCUGGUGAAGGGGGAAAGUAUGUUGUGACUCACUUCAUUGCAGACCACAAUCAUAAAUUGGCGGAACAACACUGUGUGAUGUAUCUGAGGUCACAUCGGGGUUUAAAUAGCGCUGACAAAGCUCAAGGCACUAAUAAGAGUAGGUUGCAAAGCACAAUUUCGCAUAUGGAUAACAAGUUACAAAAUCUGUUCUGGGUAGAUUCGAAAUCGCUGGCUGACUACGCAAAGUUUGGUGAUGCGUUGAUAUUUGACUCAACUUACCAUACCAAUGCGUACAAGAAACCUUUUGUCAUGUUGGCUGGUGUGACUAACCAUUUCACGACCACGCUAUUUGCAUGUGUUUUGCUAGCUAAUGAGAUAAUUGAUACAUACACAUGGGUUUUGGAAACAUUUAUGGAGGUGAUAGACAAUAAAGCACCUGUGUUCGUACUGACAGAUGGGGAUAAGGCGAUGGGAGAGGCAAUCAGAAGAGUAUUUCCAGACGUAAGACAUCGAUUAUGUAAUUGGCAUCUUGGGAAAAAUGCUGUGUCAAAUGUUCACAAAAGUGGCUUUGCACAUGCUUUUAAACAGUGUAUGGAGAUGGAAGCAGAUGCGGCAAAGCUUGAGGACGGUUGGACAAGAAUGGUCGAAAAAUUUGGACUUGAAAACAACAGCUGGGUGUUGGAGACAUAUGAGAAGCGUCAUAUGUGGGCUGAGGCAUAUAUGCAUGGCCAUUUCUUUGCUAGGAUGAAGAGUUUCAAGCAGUGCAUGGAGAUGGAAACGGAUGAGGCAAAGCUUGAGGACGGUUGGACAAGAAUGGUCGAAAAAUUUGGACUUGAAAACAACAGCUGGGUGUUGGAGACAUAUGAGAAGCGUCAUAUGUGGGCUGAGGCAUAUAUGCAUGGCCAUUUCUUUGCUAGGAUGAAGAGCACUCAGUGCUCGGAGAGUAUGAAUGCUUAUUUCAAUCCCUUCCUCUAA